UUUAAGUCCUUUUCUCGCCUUGAAUUCGGGCGUGUUUCUGGUUGUCCCGUCACUCUGCCUUUUAGCUCCCUCCAUACUAGUCUAUCUACCUACUACUACCAUCCUCGCUCCACCCGCCGCCCGGCCCUCCAUCACCUUAUAUUCCACCCACGGUUCCUCGCCUUCUCCCCCAGAUUCACCACCACACACAAGCAACCAUGUCUGCUCCCAUGGCCGCCCCCAUGCCCCCCCAGGACCGCCCUGAUACCGGCCACUCUGCCGGCAAGAGCUCGCUGUCCAGCAAGUCGGACCCGAACCAAGCCCUUCGGGGCGAGGAAGCCAUUAACAGCGUGGGUGGCUCGACUAACGGCUUCUCCCUACGCUCGAUGCAGCAUCGCGACCGCGAAGGCAAAGUGAUCACCGAACCCGACCUGUCGAACCCAACCCGAUACCGAUUCGAGCGGCCCUUGGACACCAUCCGGUCGUUCGAGGCGGCCAUCGAGCGCCGUCGGCGAGAGAACGCCAUGUAAGGCAUGUGCUGUGCAUGCCAUGCGACCGUGUAUGAUUGUUUUAUUUGUUUCUGGGAUUCUUGGGCGCUGGACGACUUAUGGAUAUGGAAACGCAUCUGGAUCUGGAUUGGGAUACGAUACGGGGAGGGGUCCUUGUUUGGGUUUGAUUGAUUGAGCGUGUAUGUACAUUAUUGUCUAUGACCUCACUGGGUAUGCUUCUGGAAUGCCACUACUCAGAAAUUGUCUA